AUGACUCGUACCAUGCUGCCCCUCAUCCUCACUACAACCAACUCCAUCUCGCCCAAGAUCUCCUGCGAAAUGGAGCGGCCGCGUGUCAUUUCCGGUUUCAAACGGGUCGCAUGGCCCGAACUCGAUCGUCUGCCUCUCAUAACCUCAGCAAGAAAACUGCCCGCGAGCAUCGAGCAAGUGCGUCGCGACAUUGAGCACGAAGCCAACUCAAUCAUCAAGAAGUAUGGGCUGCAAUUUGAAGAUGAGGAAGACAACUGUGAUCCUCAAAUGGAAAUGCGCGGAGUGCCCGAGAAACCUAGCACUGCUCAACCAACCAUUCUCAUACUUGCACCAUGGUCAGCUGAGAAGCAACGCGAUUGGGAGACAGCUGCACAGGAAAUGGCUAUGUUUUUGGCUGAUCUGUCAAGGGUCUGCUCGUUCGGGGAAACCGACAUUCAUGUGGAAAUAAUGGCCCUCGAACUAGUGAAGAGAACAUACUACACCAAUAUCGACGACCCUGUCUUUCAAAGUGCCUGGGAAUGCUUAAGCAGUACUAUUUUCAACCGCUUACAGUCACUCAGAGCAACUCAAGGCCACAUCACCUGCCUCUCUCUCCAGAAAUACGGGACGAACGACGAUAUUCUUGAGAACGGCCCACCUACUGUAUAUAUUUCAGUUAGCCAUGAGUCUGAUGAAACCCAAUGGCAUGAAGUGGUCAGAGAGGUCAAGAAAGUUCUUGAUGCGGCCGAAUGGAGCGAUGUCCAAGUCCAUAUAGAGCAUAACGAGGGCAUGAUUGGUGAUUUUGACAACCUUACCAGCCUCACAAGCGAACAAUGGUAUCGUGGCAACAGGCUGAAGAAGCGCAUUGGAGGGAGGUAUUACUCGACCGUCCAUAUUGGAGACGACUUCAGCGCUGCAUGUUAUAUCAAGCGGAGCGAUGGGGAGCGACUGAGUCCCACAAAUGGCACUAUUGGCUGUUUCGUGCAGCUAAAAACUUGUGACCCUGAACCGACUUGGCGGACCUUCAUUCUUACAUCUUACCAAGCGGUCCGCCCUGCCUUUGAUGGCUUCACCGUGACGCCAAAUGGUGCAGAUUCUAAGGUUGCACCCCCAACAGCCAACAGCGACCUCUGGACGGUCGACUCAGUUGGGUAUACACCAAAUUCGCCGGCUAAGCCUGCAACCUUUGAGAGCCCCUCUCGAUUAAAGCAUCAUUUUAACAUUCACCAUAUUGACCAAGAGGUCGCUGGUCUUACGAAUUGCAUCGAGGUUUGGGAGAAAAUGGAUCGACCUAAAAAGGAAAAACAACUUCAAAAAUUUAGGGAGAUAAUAGCGGCUUUAAGAGAUGAAAGGAAACAAAAGACCGACUUCUUCAAGACUAAUAAGCAGGCCCUCGGAAGAUUGUAUGCCGCAUCUGGAUUCAGGCGAAGGCUCGUAGGCAGAAGAAUGGACUGGGCGCUGAUCGAGGUCGACCGGCCAUGGCAUGAUCGUCUUCCGGGACUGGAAGAAUGGACCCUUUCUAUGUAUUCAGGGAUUCCUUAUAGGACCUUAUGGAUGCAGCUUCAAGAGCAAACUUGUUCCAUUGAGGCAUUGCGUGACCUUGCCUGGUCAAACAGCACAUUCGAUGUUUAUAAAAUCGGAACAAGCAGUGGGCCGACAGCUGGAUCCCUUCUUUGCACAAACAACCUUGUCACUAUAAGAGACGACCAAUAUAUGAAUCCCUCGCCAACAGAGGAGAUGGCUUUUGAGCCCCGUCGCUACACCUAUGGGAGUGAGCGUGGAUUCUGUGCUUCGGGGGAUUCAGGGUCUGUUGUGUUUGAUAAAAGAGCAGGUAUUGUUGGUCUUAUGAUUGGGGGACACCAAAAUAACAACUCAUACAACCACGGAUAUGGGUAUGUGACUCCUAUCGAGUAUGUCUUCAAGGAUAUCAGGGACCUUUUAAAAGGACAUGUUCUCGAUAUUCGGAUAGCAGAGCUCUAA